AGGAAACCGGGCCGUUGUGGAGGAGGUCGUGUUGGUGCAGUAACCGACGUCAACAUCAGUCCUCUUGGCGCGGGAGCUUCAUCUUCUGCCGUCACGUGCUGCCAUGAUCUCCCUGGACCACCUGCCGCCCCCGCCGCCCCUGGGCCAGGUGACGGCCUACGAGAACGACGGGCGGCUGUGUGCGCGUGGCGGCCCCGAGGCGACCACCACCGCCAGGAAAUGGCUUGGCGAGGAGCGAUACAUUGAGGUGGCGGUGGGGCAGGAGCCGGUGAGGAGUGCCCACAGCAAGCAGGAGGCGCGGGAUGCCUUCUACGCCCACAAGGAGACACCCUGGCAGCGGAUCAUGUGUGCCUAUUACGAGGAAGGGUGGGGUGCGGCACUUCAAGAGGCCGUGCGGUGUGAGGCUGGUGGAGGGCGGCUGCAGCGGGCGGUGGUCCUGGUGGCAGCUGUGGGUGUGAAGGUGGCCGGCCUCCUCACCCGCCUCCAGGCCCUCCUUCCCUCACCCGCCAAGUCACCCGCUGUGUCCGCUGCACCGCUGGUCCAGCGCGGGGGCGGGGGCAGCAUCACCAGUGUGUGUUGGCACCCGCACACCAACACACUGGCGGCGGUGGUCUGCGAUGACACGGUGCGGCUGUUCAUGGCAGGACACAGUGUUGCGCCCUUCCUGAAACACCGGCACCAGCGCGGUUUGACACAGGUUGCGUGGAUGCCCUUGUCGGCAGGUGUGCUGGCCAUCGGGUGUGAGUCAGGUGUGCAGCUGUGGGUGCUGGACCCCAACACGGUGGUGGGGCGCCCCUCGGGGUCCUGCGCCACCCUCCUCACCCACCCUGCCGUGACCCCUGUGGCCGCCCUCACCUGGCACCCCAAGGGUAACCUCCUGGCCUGCGUGGGGGGUGGAGGGGCGCGCGUGGUGGUGUGGGAUGUGUGGCGGGAGGUGGCGGUGGUGGUGCACGGAGGGGGCGCAGGGGGGGCCGCCACUCAGGUGCUGUGGUCCCCCGAUGGCUCCAGGCUGCUGGUGACCUACGCUGGCAAGACCAUGAGAAUCUUCGAGACCCAGCGCUGGACCUACGAGCAGUGGAGCCUCGAGUCACCCGUGCAGUCAGCCGUGUGGUCAGGUCAAGGCCACGUGCUACUCUUCGUGACCCAGGCCGACCCAACCCUCUACUGCCUGACCUUCGUGCCGGGAGAGGGGGUCGGGGGCACACAGGUGGCUGCCCAGGUGGCUGACCUCACGCAGAUUAUUGUGACCUGCAAGGAUGGUGAGGAGAUGAGUGUGGGCGGGGCGGUGCGUCAGCUGGCCUGGGACCCGAGGAGCGAAAGGCUUGCGGUGGUGUUCAGGGAUACCGAGUGUGUGGCCCUGCUGCACACACACCCCUACCCCUCCUUGCACCUGGCUCCGGGAGGCUUCAUCAGAGGCGAGGCGUUCCAGGUGCCAGUGAGCGUCAACUUCCAGCAGAACUUGUCCACUGGUGCUGUGUUGAGUGUGGUGUGGACAAGUGGACAGGUGAGCCACAUCCCCAUGCGCUACUCCUCCCGGGACGAGCCACACCCUGCCACCACCCCUGCCAACACCUCCACCACCACCUCGCCUCUGCACCACCACCACCACCACCACCUCCAGCACCACCACCACCACCAGUUAGCUUCCACCUUCACCUCCCUCCCACACUCUGGCUACUUCUCUGAGAUCUCCCCCGCCUCUCCUCCCUUCACAUCUCCCCCCUUCACAUCCCCCAUCACCUCCCCCAUCCUUGCUAGGCAGUUUGCGUCCCCCCAGUAAACAAAGAGGCGGAAAGACAGACAGACAGAUAAAUAGAUAAAUAGAUAGGUUAGUUUAGUUGAUGAAUAGAUGCAAAGGUAGGAUAGGGUAGUUGAAAUAGAUAAAAUUGAUAGAUAGAUAGAAAGAUACUGGAUUGCAAAUUACUACAAUGUCUAUUCUUUGAUAUUGAUAAAGAAAAAAAAUACUUAAGGUUUGUAAUAUGUAACUUUCUUCCUGUUUAAGUAAUAGUAAAAUAAGUUUGAUAUUUCCAUUAUUAUUAUUAUUAUUAUUAUUAUUAUUAUUAUUAUUAUUUUUAUUGGUAUUGUUUUUGUUCUUAUAAUUGGUUCCUAUCUUAUUAUGUCUUACUAUUAUUAUUUUUUUUUCCUUAUUAGAUUUUGUGAAUGUGAUAAUGUAGGCCUAUUCUCUCUCUCUCUCUCUCUCUCUCUCUCUCUCUCUCUCUCUCUCUCUCUCUCUCUCUCUCUCUCUCU